GAGCGGGUCUGUGACUUUCUGUGUUCAGUCUGCUGGAUCUUGUAACUACCAAAGUGUUUCUGUUAUCUUUCGCCACAAUGCUGAUGAAAUUCUUCCUGUAAAAGAACCAAAAAAGAGGAAGAGGAAGGACAAGAGGAAGCAAAGAGGACGUAGAUGUGAUGGACACGACAGAUGAGAACUGCAGUCCAGUCACGGUCACAAAUGGUGCUUAUCCAGUACGGUGCACUGAGGAAGUACUUCUCCCUUUCUUCAUAGAUGAGAGUCUGCAGGCUGCCAUGGACUCACGGCCUCCUCCUGCCUCCCACAACACCCCCCCUGCUCUCCCAGAACUUCGACUGGUCCUCCUGGGCAGGAAAGGAGCCGGGAAGAGCGCGGCAGGCAACACAAUCCUGGGAGUAGCAGGAGGGUUCGAGAGCGGGAAGCCCACAGAGGAGUGUGUGAAAAGGCGAGCUGAUGUUUCGGGGAGAAAAGUCACAGUGGUGGACACACCCGGGUGGGAGUGGUACUACCCUCUGAACAGCACCCCCAACUGGGUGAGGAGAGAAACCUUGCGGAGCGUGUCGCUUUGUCCCCCUGGACCUCACGCUGUGCUGCUGGUUGUGAGAUCCUGUGCUUCUGUCACAGAUGACUACAUCCUGGAGAUACAGCAGCACCUGGAGCCGCUGGGAAAAGAAGUGUGGGAGCACACCAUGGUGCUGUUCACCAGAGGAGAUGAACUGGGCCUGGGGUCCAUGGAGCAACGGAUCCUGACGAGUGGCCCGGCGCUCCAGAGGCUCCUCAAGAAGUGUGGCAACAGAUACCAUGUUGUGAAUAACCGCAGCAAGGGGGAUGAGAUGCAAGUGAAAGAGCUGAUAAGGAAGCUGGAGGAGAUGGUUCAUGGGAAGAAGGAUGGGAGCAGCCAUUUAGAGAUGGACAGUACAGUCCUGCUGGGUCUGGAGGCAGAUGGAAAGAGACGAGCCAGAGAGAGGAGAAAGAAGCAGCGGCAGAUGGAGGCGCAGAUGCAGAGAGGGACCAUCAAAGCCGCUCUCAUGAGCGAUGGUCCUCAAGGCUCUGAGCUAGAUGCCCACCAGUCCUUCUCCAAAGCUCCCCGACGUCUGCCUGAGGUCAGGCUGGUUCUUUUGGGCGAGCGUGAAACUGGGAAGAGUUCUGCUGGGAACACCAUCCUGGGAAAGAUGGACUUCUUCCAUGCGGGGGCAGUAACGGAGGAGUGCAUCCGUCAGCAGGCAGAGGUGGCCAUGCGGCUGGUGACUGUGGUGGACACACCUGGCUGGGAGGCAGGUGUGGCUGGUGCUACACCUGAGCGGGUGAAGAGGGAGAUCGUCUGUAGCGUGGCCUUGUGUCCUCCAGGGCCUCACGCUCUCCUGCUGACUCUGAGAGUGGACACACUGGUGAGCGCAGGACAUGUGAGGGAACAUCUGGAGCUCCUGGGUGAGGGCGUUUGGAGGCACACCAUCCUGCUGUUCACCCACGGAGAUCAGCUUCGAGAGGGGGUGGAUAUCGAGCAGCACAUCCAGAGUGGAGGCAGAGACCUGCAGUGGCUGCUGGAGAAGUGCAGGAGCAGAUACCAUGUCAUCAGCAGCGUAGAUGGAGGAGGAAGAGGAGGCCCCGCUACAUUGACGGAGCUCCUGGAGAAAGUGGAAAAGAUGGCAACAAUGAACAGGUGUGAAGCUUUCUCCCGUUUGGUUCUGGAAGUCAGGGAUUUGAGCCGACAAAGGAACGAAAAGUUCAACCAGCGCCUGAAGGAGAUCGGAGAUAAGAUGCUUCGUCAGGAGGCAGAGCUGAAGAACAUGAGAGAGAGGGAGAUGAAGAGCAUCAGAUGGUUCUUUGACAGAAAGAAGAAGGUGAAAUCGCCAGGGAAGGCCGACAUUCAAAAGGAAGAAGAGGAGGAUGAGGACAGGAGGGCUGGCGAAAGGAGGAACGAUAUGGGCGAACUUGAGGAGAGGAUGCGGUGGCUGACAGAGGACAGAGAGAGAGAAAUUCAGGAUUUGAGCAUAGAAAAUGAGAGAAUCCGUGUAGCACUGAACCAAAGUCGACGAGAAAGGGAUGAAAUGAUGCUGAACUUGGAACUAAAAGAGAGAGAAAUUGAGGAGCUGAAGGAAAGAACCGAUGAGCAACAACUAAAGCUUCUCGACCUUGAGCGCGCCAGUGUUGAAAUCGAACAUGAGAGAAAGCAAAGAGACGAAGCCAUUAGAGUGAAGAAACAAGAAUGGAAGAAGGAAUUUGAGAAAUUGGAGGGAACUACAGAGCUGCUAAAGAAAGAGAAAGCUGAGUGUAUUGAAAAACUUGAUUCUUUAAAGGAAGAAAUGAAACAAACUAUAAUACACUAUGAUGAUUCACUUGAGAGGAAAGCACAAGAAAAAAAACAGGCGAUGGCAGAGGUGGAGGAAAAACUAAGAGGGAUAAUGGAAACAAAAUUGCUUGAAAAAGAUGAAGAGCUGGAGGAGCUGAGAAAGAAAGCCUCAGAGGAAAAGCAGAGAACUCUAGACAAAAUAAAACAACAUGAAGAAGAUAUGGAGAGUAAAUUUGAACAACUGAAAUCAAAGCAUGAAAAAGAGAUGGAGAGCAAAAUGCAGGACAAAGAAACUGAGAUAAAAAACAUAAAACUGCAGCAUCAGGAAGAGCUGGCCAGAAAAAUAGGUCAGAUGGAAAAACUAAAGGUCCAGCAACAACAAGAAUUUCAGAAGAAGCUGAGAGAAAACGCAAACGAUAUGGAAAAGCUCAAACAACAGCACAACGAUGAAAUGAGGGACGCACAGCGAGAAAAACAAAGACGGAUUGCAGAGCUGACAGAGCAGUUUGCUAAAGAAAAUAAGGAACAUGUGCAAGCAAAAAACAAAGAGAUAGCAGGGAUAGAACAAAAGCACAUUGCUCAAAUGGAAGCAAGAAUGCUUGAAAAUGAAAAAGACAAGGAGGCUAUUCAUCUAAAUCACAAAAAAGACACAGAACAUCAGAUGCAAGUGAAAGAGAAAGAGCUACAGGCAUUGAAACUGUGGCAUCGGGAAGAGAUGACAUUAAAAAUGAAUGAAAUGGUAAAACUGAUGGAGGCACAGAGAGCUGAACAUGAGGGGGAAAUUACAACAAAAGUGAAACAAAAGCAGGAGGAUGUAGAAAAGAUUCAACAACAGUAUUCUGAAAAAUUAAGGCACAUGGAGAAAGAGAGACAAAGAGAGACAGAGGAGCUGAAACAACAGCUCGCAAAUGAAGUAGAGAAACAAUUGCAGGAAAGACAAAGAGAGAUAAGAGACUUAGAACAAAAGUAUGCCGCCCAGGUAGAACACAUGAAGUUAGAAAACAUGAAAGAGAAGGAAAUGAUGAAUCAAAAUCAUGAAAAGUGCAUGUUGCAAAAGCUGCAAGAGAGAGACAGACUAACAGAGGAGGUAAGAUGCCAACUCAGGAGUGAAAUUGAAGAAAGUGAAAAGGAAAAAGAAAGAUGCAGGAGGGAGAUGGAGCAAACAGUGGAGGAAAAGACCAACGAGAUUGAGGAGAUGAAACUGCACAUUACAGAAAUGAAGGAGAAGCUGCAAGAAAAGGAAGAGAAAGAAAAAGAAAAUUUAAAAUACAAGAAAGCAAUGGAGCAACAAGUGAAAGAAAAGGAAAAGGAAAUCAAGGAAUUGGAAUCAAACGCCAAAGAAAUGACAGAAAAACUGCAAAAGAAAGAAAUCGAUCAUUUAAAAUACAAAGAAGACAUGGAGGAAAGACUGGAAGAAAGUGGGAGAGAAAUAGAAGUGAUGAAAGAGUCCUUAAAAGAGCUUGAGAAACAACUGCACCGAAGCGAAGAGGAAAAAGAAAGAUUCAGCUUAACUCACAAGAGACAGAUGGAGCAAUCCUUAGCAGAAAACAACAGAACGAUAGAAAAGUUAAAACAGCACAUAAACGAUAUAGAUGAAAUCCUGCAAAGAAAAGAAGAAGAGAGAGGGGAAAUUAUUCUAAGCCAAAAGAAAGAGGCACAGCAACGACUGCAAGACAGAGAAAGAGAGAUGGAGGAGAUCAAGCAACAGCUUUUAAAUGACAUGGAGAGACAACUGAAAGAAAAGGAAACUGAGGUUGAAAGCAUCAAGCAGCAGGCCGACUCCACAGAGGCAAGAUGGAGGGAAGAGCAGAAGAAGAAAGAGGAGCGAGAAGCAAGUGAGAUGAAGAAGCUGCAAGAAAUCAUUGAUGAGAAAACAAAAGAAAUAACACAAGCGCAUCGUCUUCUUGCACAGAGAGACGGUGAGAUCGAUGAGGUGCAAAAGACAUGUGCAGCCUACUUAAAAGCAAUGGAAGAGCUGAAAGAAAGCAAUGAAAACAAAGCCUCCAGUAUCACUGAGAUGCAGCAACGUCAUACAGAGCAGGAGAGGAAAAAAGAUGAGGAAAUGAUAGAAAAACUGCAGGAGAAAGAAGAAGAGCUUGGCCGCCUGCAGCAAAGAGACACUGAAAAUGAGAAGGAGAUCGUCCAGCUGAGGCUAACUAUCGAGCAAACGAAGUCAGAGCUGAAGGGUCUCACCAGCAAGAUGGAAAAGGAAAUGACGAGCAUGAUUCAGGAAUAUGAAAAUGAGAUUGCGAGAAAAAACGAGAACAUUGAAUCAGUUGCAAAGGAGAAGGAAAGCACUAUAAGUCGCUUGGAGCAAGAGAAGCAGCAAAGCAUUUUGGUCGCCACUGAGAAAUACGAGGAAAGUCAAAAGAGGGUUGAGGAGCUGCAGGAACAAAAUGAGAAGAUGAGGAAAGAGGCAGACAAUCUUAGAAUUAAAUGUGAGGAGAUGAAGGAGGAGAGUGAAGAAGAAGUUAGGAAACAUCUCAGGGGAUGUGAAGAGAAAGUGAAGAGCAUCGAGGCUGAAAUCCAAACUAUUAUGAAAGAACGGGAUGUGGAGGUGAAAGCAUUAAAGGAGGCCAACGACAAACUACAAGAAGAGAUAGAAAUAAUGAAGGAAAGAGAAGGCAACAGUGAGAAGCAGGUGAAAGAGUUGAGAGAGCAUUUUGAGAAACAGCUGAUGCAGAAAGAAAGUGACCAGAGAAUGAGGGAUGAGGAAAAUUUCUUAACAAGGGAACAAGUUCUGAGUAGAAAUGAAGAAGAGCUGAACAAAAGAGGACAUGACCUUGAUGCAAAACAAGAAGAACUUGUUGGAAAAGAGAUAAAGUUGGAAGGUAAGGAAGAAGAACUCAGAAAACUGGAAGCGAAUCUAGAGAGAAGACAAAAAGAGCAAGAGGAGAAAGACAAACGUGAGCAGCGUGAAGUGAAUUUGAGAGCGCAGAAUGUUGAGAAAAAAGAAAUGGAGCUAGAGAGCUUACUUAAAGCUCUGGAGGGCAAACAGAGGGAGCUCAGCUGUCAUGGCCAAGAUCUGCAGAAGAAGGUGAAAGGACUGAAGCAUCAAGGGAAGGAGCUGAAAGAUAAGGAGCACCUCCUAAAAAAUGAAGAACAGGAGUUGCUCAACUGGAAGUCAGAGCUGCAGAUACAAAACGAGCAUGUGAACUCUACAACGCAGCAGUUAGAUGAGAUGGGAAGAGAUCUAGCUUUGUUAAAGGAGGAACUUCACAACAAGGAGAAAAAUCUGAAGGAAUCACUUCAAAAAUUGAGCAAAUGGGAGCAGAAUCUUAAAGAACGGGAGGGAGAGUUGUGCAAAAGGCAGCAAAGAGGUUUCGAGAAUGGACAAGACAUGCCUGAUGAUAACGUGUUUGAGAGGGAUUCUUUCGAUCUGACGGCUGCCGCUGAGAGCUCUGCAGACAGUUCACCUUUAAUGUACCAAGAAGUCAGCGAGUUUAGAGAAAAGGGAAGAGGAAAAGAGUCAGAUAAAGAAGAAAGCGCAAAGGAUAGGGAGGAUCAGAGGAUGAAAACAGCAUUGUCAGACACAGAGAGCAGCAACAACUGUCACCUUGAAACACUAAAAGAAAUGAUGGAUGGAAAGGAAGGGAUAAGAGGAAGGAGGACAAAAGUGGAAAGUGGAAAGGUUAUCAGUGAUUUCAAGUCUCUGAGUCGAGGAACAACAAACAACAAAGACUCUCCUGGAUCAGAUCUGAGAGUGGUGGUUCUUGGGGAGACCUGGUCUUCUCGCUCCCCAGCUGGAGUCACCAUGCUGGGCGGAGAAGUGUCCAAAUUCGACAGAUCUACCUUCAGGCCUUGGAGAGGAGAGAUAGCUGGACGACGUCUCGCUGUGGCCGAACCACUCGGUCUGAGGUGGCGAGACGGACCCGAUCCCACAAACGUGUUUCAACGGAAAAGCAUUCUGGACAGCUCUUCCUGGUGUCACCCAGGUCCUCACAUCGUCCUCCUGCUCAUACCCACCUUCUUAACCUGCACACAGAAGUACAGAAGAGCCAUUGAGGAACACAUGAGUUUGCUCGGGGAAGAGGUUUGGCAACGCACACUGGUGCUGUUCACAUGGGGGGAGAUUUUAGGGGAAAGCGCAGAGCAGCAUAUCCUGAGGAACGGAGAACUGAUGGGGCUUGUAGAGAGAUGUGGGGGAAGGUAUCAUGUGUUAAACAGCAAGAACAACAACUCCAUGAUCGAAGGAUUAUUUGAGAAGAUAGAUGACAUAGUUGCUCUGAACGGAAGAGAGCAGUUUUUGUUGUAAAACUGUAAUGAAAAUUAAUGAAUUUAUCAUGUAAAACUGUGUUUUUUCUUAUGUGGAUAUAUUUGAUUAAAUUUAACUAGAAA